AUGCUGUGUAUUUUUUUUUGGGGGGGGGGAGACAGAGGUCAGCUCACCAGCGUCUUCCUGCUGCAUGUUGGAGUGGUUGGGACCGACCCAGACGUCACGUUUGGUCUGAGAUUAGAGGCUAUAAGAACGAUUAACUCGAUCCUCGACAAUACCACAAAAGAAGAGAGGAGGAAACUAAGCCUGUCCAAAGAACAUUGUCUACUCCUUGAGCAAUUUGCAAAAGUCAUUCUCAACGUGGGUGACUAUGAGAUGCAGGUGGCCCUAUCAGAAGCACUCUGUCGAAUGACCGUAAAGAGGUCCAGGAAAGAGCUGGCAAACAAGUGGUUUGCCAACCCAGCUUUUGCAGAGGGCUUCAACGCAAUAAACGAUAGAGAAUUUGAGAUAGACUGCAGAACUUUUCUCAAUGAUGUGAACAUCUAUUUUGGAGAUGAAAGAAGGGUUUUCAGCUUCCCCUGCAUCAGUGUGUUUCUGAACACCACUGAGCUGUUCAUGCCAGAGGACGAGAAACUAGAACAUUUCUGGGUUGACUUCAACCUGGGAACGUCCUGCAUCAGCCUCUUUGUCAACGACCCUGAGGGUUCACUGUGGGAAUCAAUUCACUUGAUAAGAGCGGACGUCUUUAGGUUCAGUGUGUGUGACUGUGAUGAUCAGACCAUUCUGACUGUUCACCUGUCCAACCCCAUCACCCAUCGCAUGACCAAGGGAAAGAUUGUCCAGAUCAUCUUCGAUUCCAAGCAUGACAUCCUGGACGCUGCCCAGAGAGUCUUUGAAAGCAAACGACUACUGCAAAGUGUACCUUCAGCUGACCAGCCAUCGAUACAACACGUCAUGGAACCCUUCCAUUCAGAUAUGUUCAGUUCUUUAAUCACAUAG